AUGAGGAGCACCCUUUUCCUGUCCGUCUGCACGGCUACGGUCCUUGCCCAAAACUCGAUCCUUGACCACUCACAUGUCGGCAUCUGCCGCUCGCCCUUGCUUUCAUCUCUCGAUUUCCUGUUCGAGAAGAGAAUAUGCUCGCCGUACGGCGGCGCGCUAGACAACCGCCGAGACGAAGGACACUCGACCAGCACGGGGCCUUGGUCUCAUUCGCGUUGCUAUCGCAAUGGCACCGACGAGUUCUGCAUGUACACGAGCACGACGUUCGCCGAGAACAGGGGCAUCUCCAUCCUGACGACACCGGAACGGGUGGCCAAGUUCUCGAAGCUGCGGGCCUUCACGGAUCCCAAGUCUAUCAAAGAUGUCAACCAGGACAUAGUCAGGACGCUUCCCGCGAGAUAUAACGUGGUCCCGAUCCCGGGAAAGGAUAUGGGUGUCACGGCCAAGCAGCCUCUGAACAGGGGCGAUCUCAUCAUGAGCAACACGGCGUCAAUGAUGAUCGACUACGCCGCCUUUGAGACGCUUCCCCACGCGGACCUGCAGAAGAUCCAGGCGGCCGGCGUCGACGCCCUGCCGACUGCGCACCGUGCCAGGUUCCUCAACCUGUCAACGCACAACCCGACCGAGGGCUACUACCAGAGAGUCGAGAAGCUCCUCGCGACGAACGCGUUUGACAUUGAUGUGGACGACGGUGGAGAGACCGAGUUCUUCGUCGUGUUCCCCGAGAUUGCGCGGUUCAACCACGACUGCCGCCCGAACGCAGACUACUGGUUUGACCCCGAGACCCUGACGCAGUACAUCCAUGCCGUACGGCCCAUUGCUGCUGGGGAGGAGAUCACGAUAUCAUAUAUGGACCCCGUCAACACGCGCAAGAACCGCAUGCACAAGCUGCACCACGUCUGGGGCUUCAAGUGCAGCUGCUCGCAGUGCACCAAGCCGCGGCUCAUCAGCCGGGACUCGGACGACCGCGUGCGGCAGAUCCAGGCGCUGCGCGCGGACCUGCAGGACCACAGCGGCGGCUCGCGCGCGACCCCCCAGAUGGCCGAGCUCUUCGUCUCGCUGUUCGAGCAGGAGCGGCUCGAGUCGAUGGCGUACGAGGCGCACACGCACGCGGCGCUCGAGUGGAACGGCGUCGGCGAGCCGUGGCUGGCGACCAAGCACGCGCGCCUCGCCAUCGAGCACGGGCUCGCGAGCGUGGGGCCGCGCAACUCGGACGUCGUGGAGAUGCAGGCGCUCGCCGAGGACCCCUGGUCGCACUGGAGCUGGAUGUCGAGGACGAAGAGGCGGAUGGGCUGGGGGAGGCGGGAGGAGAGCGACGACGAGGAGGAGGAGGAUUGA